AUGUUUCCCAUCAACGACAACAAACCUGUAUCGUCCUUUGUUUCUUUUACCUCUCUCCUGUUUACCAGCGCACCCCUGAACACCUCCACCUCUUUUACCACCAUAACAUUGUCUCCCAAAAAAGCCGCAGCCCAGGGACCAGAGCCAGACCCCGCAGGCGACAGAAGGGCCCUCCGACUUCACACCGCUCCCUCCAGGGGGCCCCUACGGCGGCUCCCGGAGGAGACAUCACCGGCCCGACAGCGCGCAAACAAAACGGAAGAAGACCAGAGAGAGGAGAUGCAAGCGGUCGGGAGGCGCUAA